GAACGGUCGUUUCUAUCAACCAAAGGUACACGAAGAAACGGCAAUUCCAAAAAAAAAUGGCCAACUUGUGCUUCGCGUUCCUGGCGAUUGCGAUAUUUUUCGCCUCCUCCGGCACGUGUCUUACCGAACUGAAGACCGCCUACGAAUGGAAGUACAUUGAAUACAUAUGGAGAAAUGAGAUGCACGACAAACUUUGUUGGGGUUGGGAUCCGACGAAGAUCGCGCCGUCCGACGUCCAGUAUUUCCCAGACGGUAGAGUCCUGAUCGUCACUCCCCAGUACCUGGUCCCGAGCGUUGUGAGUCUCUCGACGAUAUCGUCGAAAGUUGGCGACGGUGGUCCGCUACUGCAACCUUAUCCCGGCUGGGAAUGGUACAAUUUCGACGACUGUUCGGGCAUAAAAAGCGUGAGCAAAGUGAUCCUCGACAAAUGCGACAGGCUCUGGCUGGUCGACGACGGUACGAACGGACCGGACGAGGAUCCUUGCCCACCUUUCAUAAUUGCCUUCGACACGAAAACCGACAAAUUGAUCGAGUCCUUCCUGAUUCCCGAAAGUCUGGCGAAAGAUAGUCCGCCGACUCUUACGGGUCGACUGGCGAUAUUGGCCGUUGAAACGUACGGUCGAGACUGCGGGCACACCUGGGUCUACAUCUCCGAAAUCGGGACCGACAGCAUCCUGAUUUGGAACGGUGAGAAAAUCUGGCGUGUUCGUGAAGAUUUUUUCAAACCAACGGGAAACGACACCGCGAUGACCGUUGCGGGGGUGUCCUUCGACCUGAAACUCGGGAUCACAGCGGCCACUUUGAACGCUCCACUGUACUCGCAGGAGCGAUACCUCAUCUUCAGUCCUCAGAGUACGGACGGCAUAGUGGCUCGCACAUCGGAACUCCACGACUCGAUAUCCGGAGCCCCCGUUCGCUACUAUGGGCCGGAAUCCCAAGUGAUUCCGGACGGAGUUAGAGGACUUUCGGUGGCCGUGUCGAGGGAGGGUAUUCUGGUAAAAGGUUCCACGGACUCCAGCAUAAAAUGCUGGAACACUAUGGUCCCCUUGAAGAGUUUGGGCACCUUGGCGCAGAACGAAACCACUCUUCAGUUCGUUACGACGGUGAAAUUUUUCGAAGAACCGGACUGGGGCAGGGAAAUUCUCGUAUUACUUUCCAACAGGGAGCAGAAAUUAAUCGCCGACGGUGUCUACGACGUGGACGAAGUGAACUUCAGAGUACUAACAGCCGACCUUGUCGAUCUCGUCAAGGACACGCCCUGCGAGAUACCGGUAGCUGUGCCAGCUGAUCGUGCUCUGGUACCGUUCCCGUAACGAUCGGGGAUUUUUUAUUUUUAAUCGUUUUUUUUUCGCCUCGAUAUCCUUGGGAAACGAUACGCUACGAGGCGACGCAUAAAUUUUCCUUACGAUCACGUGAAUUUAUUGAAAAACAAAUAAAUAAAUGAAUAAAUGAUUAAUAAAUUCGCUGAAA